CCCCGAACUAGAACCGCAACAGGCUCAGGAGCAACGCACCAUAGGGAUACUCUUCAUUGCUUCAUUCGAAACCCAAACCCACUAUCCCUGCCACCAUGGCCGGUGACGAAGAGGGAGCCACCAGCGGCUCCGUCUCCGAGCCCCUCGACCUCGUGCGUCUGCUCAUCGACGAAGUAGUGUUCGUGAAGCUACGAGGGGACCGAGAAUUGAAAGGGAGGCUCCACGCCUACGAUAGCCACAUGAACUUAGUACUAGGCGACGUCGUUGAGACUAUCUAUGUGGCGGAUGAGGACGACGAAGACGAGGAAAUCAAAACGAUUACCAAGAAAUCCGAGAUGUUAUUCGUACGAGGAGACAGCGUUGUCCUCGUCUCUCCCCAGAGUUCUUCCUGAGCUGCGGGGACUGCUGUAUUUCCGGUCAAGGAAUUAUAGUAUAUAGGGCACGCGAGUUUCAUUCUAGGGCAAGGCACAAUCACCAUUGUCUAUGCCUCACCAUAUAUGAGGCACCUUGACGUGGUCCGGGAGCCAGAGUUCAGGGACUUGGUACUCGGAUAGGUCGGUAGGCGCGCUCCUCCUGGAGGUGGAUGGGGAUCAGUUUCGGGAAAAAAACCAAGGAUGCCUCCGG